AGCACACCACAUUCCCCGCUUCUCUUCGCAGGUCCUCCCCACAGGACAACAUCCUAGAGACAGACACCGAAUUUACGUGCUCUCCAUGAUCGUCUGAAUAAAUAUUCGUGCAGUUUUCCUUUCCAACCUUUAACAGGAGUCACAUUCUGACUGUGAAGCUGCAAUAAUCCCGGAUAGUCCACAGUAGAUGCUAAUUUCCCCACCAUGGCUACAGAAGACAAGAAACCAGAGACUGACACAAAACCUCCAGUUGUCCCGUCAGCAUCUGCCAGCCAAAGCAAGUCUGCACCUGCAAAGCCAAACUACAGCCUGAAGUUCACAUUAGCAGGUCACACUAAAGCCGUGUCCUCCGUCAAAUUCAGUCCCAGUGGAGAAUGGCUUGCCAGCUCAUCUGCUGACAAACUCAUCAAAAUCUGGGGAGCGUAUGACGGCAAGUUUGAGAAAACCAUAUCUGGACACAAACUUGGCAUAUCUGACGUGGCCUGGUCCUCCGAUUCCAACCUCCUGGUGUCUGCAUCGGACGACAAAACCCUGAAGAUCUGGGACGUGAGCUCGGGAAAGUGCUUAAAGACUCUGAAAGGCCACAGCAACUAUGUCUUCUGCUGCAACUUCAACCCCCAGUCCAACCUUAUUGUGUCGGGAUCGUUUGACGAGAGCGUGAGGAUAUGGGACGUGAAGACUGGGAAGUGUUUGAAAACGUUGCCGGCUCAUUCUGAUCCUGUCUCUGCUGUUCAUUUCAACAGAGACGGUUCCCUGAUCGUGUCCAGUAGCUACGAUGGCCUCUGUCGAAUCUGGGACACGGCAUCAGGCCAGUGUUUAAAGACGCUCAUAGACGAUGACAACCCUCCUGUGUCAUUUGUGAAGUUUUCCCCCAAUGGGAAAUACAUCCUGGCUGCUACACUUGACAACACGCUGAAGCUGUGGGACUACAGCAAAGGAAAGUGCUUGAAAACAUACACGGGCCAUAAAAACGAGAAGUACUGCAUAUUUGCAAAUUUCUCUGUGACCGGUGGGAAGUGGAUCGUGUCGGGCUCAGAGGACAACAUGGUUUAUAUCUGGAACCUGCAGACGAAGGAGAUCGUGCAGAAACUCCAGGGCCACACAGACGUCGUCAUCUCGACCGCCUGCCACCCGACAGAGAACAUCAUCGCAUCUGCGGCUUUAGAAAACGACAAAACCAUCAAGCUAUGGAAAAGCGACUGCUAAACCUUUUUUUUCUUUGGAUUUUUUGGGCCACUCGUGUUCUUUUUUUUUCUUAAUUUUUUUAUUCUACAUUUUGUUGUCAGACAAGCGAACCUUUUUUUUUUUUUCUUUUUUCUAAUGGAGAGCUCCUGCAGAACGCAGUGAGCUUUUUAGGUAAUGAAAUUCAACAAGGAGAACCAAACCAGACACAUCAGCCACACACACUCUUCUGCAGCAGACUUUUACUUCUACUCUCCAAAACUCGUGCCACAUUUUGUCGUCUCAUUAGUCAAAUGAGUGAUUUCUGUUCGUAUUUUAGACACUGCAUUAACCGUGAUGUCACUGCCUCAUAGCAGCUUCUGCACACAUUUCUGCUCUUGUACAAUAAAUGUAAUGGUUGUUUGGCCUUUGUAUAAUUUCUUUUGCCUUUUGAGUUUGUCUGUGUAACUGCAGUAUCAUCUACAUGACUUCAAAGUGAAGAAGUGACUUUAACGUCAAGCUUUUAGAUUAAAAAUAAAGGUAUCUAAGGACCUUAUCUGUUAUUUAUUUGCAUCAAUUUUCAAUUUUUUUUUAAUGUCAGUGCUGUACAAGUUUUUUUUUCCUGAGUUCUGUGCUGAUUUUUAAGGAAGAUUUGACACAAUAUCACAGUUAAUGGCUUGACAAUUAAAAAAACUUUUUUCUUUUGCAAUCUUUAUCGGAGCACUAAAUUGACGCCCUUCUUUUUAAAACAAUCUGAGCAUUUUAGUUUUAAAAAGCGACCAAAUGCGGUUAUUCUGUGUUCUAGUAUUUGUACAUAUGACACUGACAUGUAUUGCGAUUUCAUUACUUUAACCGUCUUUGUUUUUCUAUGUUCUCUGCUUGAUUAGCUCAUAGUUCUGCACAUGCAGCCGGCAGCCUCUGUUCUCUGUAGUUAUCCUGGAUUUUUGUGGAAUACAUGUUUGCAUUGGACAGCUAUAACCCGCAACUUAAUAAAAGCAGUUUUUUGUAUGUUUCA